GGUUUUUGGGGGGGUCCACGGCUCCACCUUGUUGGGAUCCGUGGCCAUGGACUUGGAUCACUUGCGCAGCGUGGGCCUCUUCGAUCUGCCGGAGCAGCUGCCGGUUUUUGGUCCCGGAGCAGCGUCCGAAAACAGGCUGGCUUCGACGCCAGAUCCACCAGAUCCCUUGGAUGCGCCCGCAGCGAGCGGGUCUCGUUGGAGCCCGCAGGGCUUGAAGGAGCAGCUCGAUAAGUUGCCCGUCAGCCAGCUGUUCCCUGAGCUCUGUGAUGAGGUCAUGGGGAUCUUGCAUCGCUGGCAUCAACGGCUGCCACUGAAAGUGUGGAGCCGCAUGGUGAAGAUUUGCAAGGGAUCAGCGCACCAAGUACCUUCGGUCUUGAAAGAGCUGAAUGAGUCGGCGCCGGUGAUUCAACGCGUGCGCCGCUGGGUCGAGGCGCUGCCGUCAACAGCACCCAAGGCCUGUAUCCUGGACCUGGGUGCUGGCUUCGGCUUCCUGUCCAUGUUCUUGUCAGAACUGCUGCCGUGCGAAAAAGUGAAGGAAUUUUGUCUCAUGGACAUGAGCUAUGCCAACCGGGGCGUGGACAAUUCCAGCGGCACCACGUCGACGGAGCACAUCUACAAAGUGCAAUGGCAAAUACCCAUGUACACUUUGAAAGUCGAUCUGAAGAAGAAGACCACCCUGAAUCAGAUCGCCGAGCGGCUUUUACAGAGUGAAGAUCUGCGGGAGAGGCCCAUCUUCGCCUGCGGCAUUCACUUGUGCAAUACGUUGGGAAUCCGUGCUGCGCAGCUCUUCAAUGAGAAUGCGGAGGUCUCAGGUUUUGCCUUUGUGCCAUGCUGCUUUCCCACUUCUCGGCAUGUGGCGCAGCAAGUCGUCUACCAGUUGGGACAGCACCGUUUUGCAGCGCGAGAGUUUUUGGAUCCCAAGGUUGUUCCUUCCAAUACAGACCGCUUUGAGCGCUGGGCGGAACAUAUAUUGGAAGGGAUCGAGACAAACAGCAAAGGGAUUGAACACCAUGAGCUGCAUCGGCCGACCAACGGCAUGUUCGCGCAGAACAUCUACAUCUUUGCGGAGCGUCCCCUCAACAUGCAGCCCAUCCAGGUGGAGACACGUGGCACCUGCGUGGUGGUCGACGCCAAGUUUGGGCAUGGUUCCAAGGCGAAGAAGAAGGCGCAGAAGAAGAAAAGAUGAAAAAGAUACGCGGCGAUGUCAGCAAAGGGAUAGUAAAG